CUGUCAUUCGCUUGGACCAAUAAGAGUUAAGAAUGUCCGACCGUGGGCGGGCAAAGAAACAUUUUCCCGCGAAAACCUUUUGCGUCCUUCUUGUGCGGAGUGGCGGAAGUUUGUUUCCCCUGGAAUAAAAGCUGCAGUUGGGAAAGCCGUGAAUCGCCAUGUCUGGCUUUGACGAUCCUGGCAUCUUUUAUAGUGACAGCUUUGGUGGAGAGCCAGCGGCAGAUGAGGGACAAAUCCGAAAGUCCCAACUGCAAAAGCGUUUCAAAGAGUUUUUGAGGCAGUACCGAGUUGGGACAGACCGGACUGGCUUCACCUUCAAAUAUAGAGAUGAGCUCAAACGGCAUUACAACCUGGGCGAGUACUGGAUUGAGGUGGAGGUGGAGGACCUGGCAAGCUUCGAUGAGGACCUGGCAGACUACCUGUACAAGCAGCCUGCAGAUCACCUGCAGCUGCUAGAGGAAGCUGCAAAGGAGGUGGCUGAUGAAGUAACACGUCCUCGUCCAGCAGGAGAGGAGACUCUGCAGGAUAUCCAAGUCAUGCUGAGAUCAGAUGCCAAUCCAGCCAACAUCCGCAGCCUCAAGUCUGACCAAAUGUCACAUUUGGUGAAGAUCCCAGGAAUCAUUAUUGCUGCUACUGCCGUACGAGCCAAAGCUACCAGGAUCACCAUCCAGUGUCGUACCUGCCGGAAUGUCAUCCCCAACAUUGGCUUGCGUCCUGGACUGGAAGGAUACGCCCUUCCGCGGAAGUGUAGCACGGAGCAGACUGGCCUAACCAAGUGCCCUUUGGACCCAUACUUCAUUGUUCCAGACAAGUGCAAGUGUGUGGACUUUCAGACGCUGAAGCUGCAGGAGUCGCCAGAUGCUGUCCCUCAUGGAGAGAUGCCCCGGCACAUGCAGCUGUACUGUGACAGGUAUUUGUGUGACAAGGUUGUCCCUGGCAACAGAGUCACUAUCAUGGGCAUCUACUCCAUCAAGAAGGCUGGUCUGACUAAGAACAAAGGCCGGGACAAUGUUGGAGUGGGCAUUCGAAGCUCUUACAUUCGUGUGGUGGGAAUCCAAGUGGACACCGAAGGGUCAGGCCGCAGUGUCAGUGGCUCUGUGACUCCUCAAGAAGAAGAGGAAUUUCGGUCUCUCACUUCUAUGCCCAACGUUUAUGAGACGAUUGCCAAGAGCAUUGCCCCUUCCAUCUAUGGCAGUACUGAUAUCAAGAAAGCAAUUGCAUGCAUGCUCUUUGGAGGUUCCCGAAAGAGGCUUCCGGAUGGGUUGACCCGCAGAGGGGACAUUAACCUGCUCAUGCUGGGAGACCCUGGCACAGCUAAGUCCCAGCUCUUGAAGUUUGUAGAAAGAUGUUCACCCAUUGGGGUAUACACCUCUGGAAAAGGCAGCAGUGCAGCUGGUCUGACGGCGUCUGUGAUCAGAGACCCGUCUUCACGGAGCUUCUUCAUGGAAGGAGGAGCCAUGGUGUUGGCCGAUGGGGGAGUGGUUUGCAUUGAUGAGUUUGAUAAGAUGCGUGAGGACGACAGAGUGGCUAUCCACGAAGCAAUGGAGCAGCAAACCAUCUCCAUUGCCAAGGCUGGUAUCACAACCACUCUGAACUCGCGCUGCUCUGUGUUAGCGGCUGCCAACUCGGUCUUUGGGCGCUGGGACGAAACGAAAGGCGAGGAAAACAUUGACUUCAUGCCCACCAUCCUGUCCCGAUUUGACAUGAUCUUCAUCGUUAAGGAUGAGCACAACGAGGAAAGGGACAUGACACUGGCCAAGCAUGUGAUGUCACUGCAUGUGAGUGCCCUGACACAGACCCAGGCUGUGGAGGGAGAGAUUGAGCUGAACAAACUGAAGAAGCUGAUCGCCUAUUGCCGAGGGAAGUGUGGCCCUCGCCUUUCUGCAGCGGCUGCGGAGAAGCUGAAGAACCGCUACAUCCUGAUGCGCAGUGGCGCCCGGCAGCACGAACGGGAAAAUGACCGUCGUUCCAGCAUUCCCAUUACUGUUAGGCAGCUGGAGGCUAUUGUGCGAAUUGCAGAGUCCCUCAGCAAGAUGAGGCUUCAGCCUUUUGCCACUGAGGCCGAUGUGGAAGAAGCCUUGCGGCUCUUCCAGGUGUCGACCCUUGAUGCUGCCAUGUCGGGCAACCUCUCAGGAGUGGAAGGCUUCACUACCCAGGAAGACCAGGAGAUGCUGUCCCGCAUUGAAAAGCAGCUCAAGCGUCGCUUUGCCAUUGGCUCCCAAGUAUCUGAACACAGUAUCAUCCAGGAUUUUCUGAAACAGAAAUAUCCCGAGCAUGCCAUCUACAGAGUGCUGCAGCUUAUGAUGCGCCGUGGUGAGAUCCAGCAUCGCAUGCAGCGCAAGGUCCUCUUCCGCAUCAAGUAAAACUGUGACUCCUGCUGUGAUGUUUCAGUAGGCUGGCUUUGCCCACAGUCAGCACUCGAGGUCUGGGAGUCAUUUGUGGGUUUCCUGCCUUCCCAACAUUCUACAGCAAAGUCCUUCAGAAUAAAAGAGUGAUGAGAACAGGAAGAAGUUACUUCCUCAGUGCAGAGACUCUUCCAGGCCUGGAAGUAAGAGGCCAGAGAUAAGAGCUCUUGUUUUUAUUUGUUUCAUUAUCCCCAUUAAAAUGUCAGCUUGAUGAUUUGCUAGAACAUUAAAAGCCUUUUAGCUGCAUUAAAACUUAAAAAUGUGAUGUGAUCAUCACUGGCAGAUGCUGUUGGGUGAAAGGUGGAAUAGGGAAGGGUGGCCUGUUGCAUACGGAAAAGAAAUCUAAUCCCAUUUGUGUGUCUGUUAGAUCUUUCCACUUCCAUACUCUAGAAGUUUAGUUGUUAGGUGUGCUAAACUAUACCAUGAUCUCGAGUGACCUGCAUUGAGGUCACUGAUACUGCCCCAGGGGCAAAGAGCUGGUUAUCUACAAAGAUCCUUUCCUUGAGAGGUGUGAGUUCCAUGGCAUGUUUAUGCAACCAGACUCCUGCACAUGGUGGUGACACAUCAAUAAGUUAUUAGCCAGUAAUCAGUAAAGUAAUUUGUGUGUCUCAUCCUCCCGUGGAAGAAAGGAAGAAAAUGUGUUGGCCUUGGCAGAGAGGACUAGGAGCAUUCCUUACUUUAGGAAGCUACCAGUGCAGGGGCAGAGAUAAUAGAGGCUGACGUACUACGCAGCAUUGCAUACCUGUCGCAAUGUAACAUUCACACAGUUGUGCAAGAGUGCUGUUGCGGUAAAUGCAGGAGUUGCACAAAUCCAAUUGUGCCAUUGACCGCCAUUAUUUCCAGUUGCUGUCAGUUGCACAACUGUUCGUGCAUCUAGUGCAAUGUUACAUUGCAACCCGCAUGUAACGUUGCUAGAGUGUCAGCCAGAGUGAUUUGAGACAUUUUUCAGUUUUCCUAAAUGCAGGAGUAUUUUUAUUUAAAGAAAUAGCUUGCCCAUAGAGCAAUCAAAGGCCAUCAUUUCCCCUACAUCCUGACUUGCCAAGUUGCAAAUCUGCAAAGGGAAAGGAAACGUGUGUGUGUGUGCGCGCGCGCGCGCGCGCAUGCACAAGCAGUCUUCCUAAACUGAAGGAUACUCCACUUUCAGGAAACAGUAAAGACUCCAUAUAGCAAAGUCUCCAAAGAGGGCAUGGCCUUUUCUUGCAUUCUCUUGUUUGUUUUCCCAUUCUAGUUAAUUGCUGCUUCUCUAUAAGGAUGCACAAAAUAAUAAAGUAGUUUAAUUAUA